UAGGCCUCGACAAAAGUGUCAAAGAUCAAAUGUCUUGCUAAAAUUUUCACUCAACUAACUUCAGUAGACUGAAAAUUCUGCGCCAAUCAAGAACAAAUAAAAAAAAAAUAUAUAAUUCUCCUCAAGAAAAUACAAAAAAGCUACCAUGAAGUCCCUGGAGAUCAUUUUCAUUUGGAUCCUUUUGGGCUCGAUGCCCAGGAUGCUUGCGAGCUCCAUUAUGACCUGCCCUCAGCCGAAGUGCGUGGCCAACCUGACUCUGGAAAAGGAUGGGGAUGUCUGCCGUCCCGAGGAGAGGUACAAAAAUGUUGGAUUGGAGGCCGAACUGGGAUUGAUGAAGGAGGUGUUGGGCUGGCCCCUGGCUUUCAUCACCGACUAUCUCCGGGAGUCGACCCUACGCUUUCGGGAUAACAUGUUGGUCCUCAGCGAAGUCCACAGUCGUCGCAAUAGGAUCGUCCGUCGUAGGAUCCGUCGCCUUCAGGCCAUACGCACCAUGUACCGUGGAAACGAGUACGCGAAACUGAACAAGAAGAGUGUGCUCUUCCAGGCCAUCCGUUUGAUGAAUACCCUUUCCCUUCACAUGGAUCCCGAUGCCUUUAUCGGGAAUCUAACCCUGAAGAUCCAACCCUUCAUCCGGGGUCCUUUGAUUCAACGUCCUGAGCUGAAUACCAUACCGGAAGGGUAUAUCAUCAAGCUGCCCCCCAAUCGACUCUUCUCCAACAUAACUCUUACUAAUUUUCGUUGAUUUAUAUAUUGUAUAUUAAGAUAUUAAUAUUUAUGAAUUUGUUUAAAAUUUUCAUAUAGCUAACUUAGUAAUAAAAUGGAUUCAGUUCUUUGGAGCUGGCCCGUA